UUCGAUGACAGUGGCAUCGUUUUUACGCCAUCUUUGAAAGCUAGUGCCUGUUGGUUUCAGUUUUGUCGCUGUCUUUUUUUUACAUUACUUGUCAUAUCCAACUACUAUUAUGACAAGUCUUGAUUCCCAAAGCCCAGAGGAAAACCCAGACAGCAUGAACCCAGACUCUGAGGAACAAUACAUUGUCCGUGCUCGUGGACUGCCUUGGUCUGCAACUGCAGAAAACGUGGCCGACUUCUUCUCAGGUUGCAACAUUAAAGGUGGUGCAAAGAGUGGUAUUCACUUCACCUACAGUUCUGAUGGACGACCCAGUGGUGAAUGUUUUGUAGAGCUUGUGUCCCUAGAAGAUAUGAACAAAGCUCUUGCAAAAAGCAACAACUUCAUUGGCAAAAGGUAUGUUGAGGUGUUUGAGUCCAAAAGCGGUGAAAUGGAGUGGAUCUGUAAGAGAAUGGGACAACCUCCAGAUCGAGGCAAUGAAGCUGUUGUGCGACUGAGGGGACUACCGUUUGAUUGUUCAAAAGAGGAGAUUGCUCAGUUCUUUACAGGGCUGGAGAUAGUUCCUAAUGGGAUAACAAUCACUCUUGACGAGGACGGGAGGACCACGGGGGAUGCUUUUGUGGAAUUUGCUUCUCCUGAUAUAGCUCAGCAAGCUUUGAAAAAAAACAAAGAGAAGAUAGGGCACAGGUACAUUGAGAUUUUCAAGAGCUGUAAAACAGACAUCAAAUAUGUGUCUUCUACAAAACUGAAGCCUCUGAUGUCGACCAGACCUGGGCCAUAUGACAGAUCUGCUGGGGGCUUUGGUGGAGGAAGAGGUCGCUUUGGUGGUGGAGGAGGAAAUGAGAGACGAUUCAGGGGUAGAGGUAACCUUGGGGGGCCUGUCUUUGGAGGCGGCUUUGGUGGUGACUUCAAUGGGUUUGGUGGUGGACGUGGUGGAUCAGGUCGUGGGGGUCGUGGUGGCAGAGGAAUGGGUGGCAGAGGUGGAUUUCGCAACCAAGGUCGGGGUGGAGGAGGUGGUGGUAAUAUGGGGAUGAUGUCCACUACUGGUCAUAGAGUACACAUGAGAGGCUUACCAUAUGCUGCAAAGGAGAGUGAUGUCAAACAGUUUUUUAUGCCUCUUAACCCAGUCAAUGUCUGGAUGGAGUAUUCAAAUGGUUCUUUUAAUGGGCAAGUUGAUGUUGACUUUGCAACCCAUGAGGAUGCUCAAGCAGCCAUGUUAAAGAAUAAUUCAUCAAUGGGUCAUCGUUACAUUGAGCUGUUUUUGCGAUCUCAGCCUGACAGUGGGGGCAGUCAAGGAUGGGGCGGUUCAGGGGGAGGAUCUAACUUUGGUGGUGGCAACAGUGGUGGUGGCAACUUUGGCAGCAACAACUUUGGAGGAGGAAGCUUUGGUGGUGGAAACUUCAAUGAUGGCGGCAACUUUAACAACUUUAGUGGAGGAAACAACUUUGGCAACCAAAGUGGUGGAAUGGGAGGAUUUGGAGGCCAAGGAAACCAGAACACUGGCUUCAACAAUCAACAGCAGCAGCAGCAGCAGCAGCAGCAGCAGAGCGGAUUUGGUAAUCAAAUGGGAGGGGGCAGUGGUGGAAACUACGGAAACCAAGGCAAUGCGUUUGGCAAUGCUGGCUCAGGGUUCAACUCGGGUCCCAGCAGUGGAAACUUCAACUCACAGUCUAACUAUGGACAAGGCUCUAACUACGGUGGAUCAGGCUAUGGAGGACAGAUGUCAUCAGGAAUGAACACAGCCAUGAAUACUGGGAUGAACGCUGGAAUGAGUACUGGAAUGAAUACUGGAAUAAACACAGGCAAUUACGGAGCACAGGGAGGAGGUUACAACAAUCCGUCAGCACAACAACAAAGCACUCCUUUUAAUCAACAGCAGCAGCAACAACAGCAGCAGCAACAGCAACAACAACAGCAGACCGGAUAUGGCGACAACUCGGCUUAUGGGGCAUCCGGCGGCGGCUCAUUCUUUGGUGGCAUACAAACGCAAAUUAAGCAGGAGCCACAGGGCUCGGCAACGCCUGGCAUGGUCUCUUAUCCCGGCUAUCAGUGACGGACUGCUAUAUGAUAUUUUAGUUGACUUAAGACAAACAUUUGUAAGAACUGUGCUCAUAGUUUUCCUGUACAUUGUGCUAUUUACAGGUUAACCGUUAGCUUCAAAUCCCUACCGCAUUGUACGCUCUUCUAGCCAGGGGACUUACUUGGAGCAUAGUAACAGCCUUUGCUAAACGUGCUUGCAGUCAUUUCAAUUAUAUUGACUUGUUAUGUCAGAGGGUGUUUUUUUUGUAAAAAGAACAAAAUAUGUUUUAAGUCUGAGCGAGAGUGUGACUUUUAAACUGCAACUUAACAUUUUGUGAUUGGAUUAGUAUAAACGCAAUUCUGUCUGCUCAUUUUGUCAGUUACGAACUAGCAGUAUCGUCUUUUACUAGAAAAGAUGAUGCAGAUAUUUCUCAAGUUGAAUUAAAUUAAUUGUUACACUUUUUUACUUUCAAGAAACCCCUUUGGGUUUCGUAAUAAAUUGUUUUAAAUACAGACA